AUGUCUCCACCACUGGAAACAAACGAGAACAAUACACCAUCUUCGACGCAUUCACUAGGAGUGGAUAAUGAGCUGUCUCUUUUGUCCAACAGCAACGCUAAUAACGAUCAAGCAAUGGACAUCUUUCUGAAUCAAGUCGCUGAAUACAACAAUCAGCAUGUGGCAUUUGAGCAGCACCAACAAGCGUCCUCCUCCUCCUCCUCUUCUGCUACUGCAUCCAGCAGACAGAUGAACAUUGCCCCCAGUCAGAUACUCACCCACCAACAACAGCAGCAGCAAGCUACCAAAGUCAAACAAGAGGAACAGCAAGGAUUUGCCAGGCCAGCAGAGCCACCAAAGAAGAAGGGCAAGCAAAAGGCCAAGGAAACAGGGCACUCUUCUUUAUUACAUGUUUUCACCAAUCCCUUAUUACAUGCUAUUCCUAUCCUGGCCAGAAAUUGCUUAAACUUUGAAGAUUUUUUAGCUCAAACAUCACUGCCUGGUCAAAGUUUGCUUGGCCCUGGAGAAGUAGAAGAAGAGAACGAUGCCAAUUUCACGUCUUCCCCAAUUAUCAAAAAUGAUAGCCCGUGGCACAUUCGAGUACUCGGUCUACCUCACACAGGUGCAAAAUCUCGAGUUGAAACCCAAAUCAAGAUUUGCUUGCAACUCGUAGACACCACUGGAGAAUUAGCUACCAAUUGGUCCCAUAUCAAAUUGCCUGAACACCUUGUUGCUAAAGACAAGUUGAAGCGCAAGAAUCAAAAAUACGGUGCAGACGAGAAAGCCUCACUCACAGACAACCAAGUAUUGACAUUAGAAGCUGCUGUUGUGUGUGAUGGUCAGCCAGACAACGAAAUUAUUAUGUGUACAAGCUGUGUCCAUCGAGAGCGCAAACGCUUAAAAAGAAAACGUGACAACAAGGUUGCUCGUGCUGCAAACAAAGAGGGUGGUGCAGCCAAACUUGCUGCAUUAUUUGCUAAUGAUUUGCCUGACCUGAGUGAUGAAACCAUCAUGGCAGAGGAGAGACGCAGAAUCUUGUUGUUCAAUUGCAAUGAAUAUGUCGAAUUCAACAAUGGCGAAGCAACGCUGCCUACACGAGUUACUUGCUACUGUCGCCAUCAUAGUGAAAAGACUGGUUUUAGAAUUGUGUUCACUGUGAAAGAUAAUUUGAACCAUGUGAUUGGUACAGGUCGUUCGCCCCCAAUCAUGAUAACUGACGAUCAUAAAAGCUCUAAAAUGCAACAAGCAGCUGCUAGAAAGAGAACUCGGGCAGACAUGGAUGCUUCUGCAACUGAAAGCGAUGCUCCUUCAACUUCAAGAAGAAAAGCGGAAAUCGAGACGGAUUCAGGUGUUUCCAGUCCUGUUGCAUCCACACCAGCCACACCUUCUUCUCAAAUAGAUGAUGUACCUGAAAAUUCACCAAAACCUGAUGUUUCAACUGUAUCCAAUACAGCUAGCAACAACAACAGUAGCAACAUGUCAAGCACGUCUUCAUCUACCAUUAUUAUUCCUACCAGCUCAAAUAUGGUCCACCACCACCAAUUUGUGAAUGAAAACAAGCAACACCCACUAGCUGAAGAUAACCAAGAUCAUUUUAUAUCUCAAUUACAACAGCCUCAGCAACAACAAUACGACCAUCAUCAUCAACAGCAGCAACAAAAACAGCAGCAACAGCAGCAACACAGCGAAUUAUUCGAUUUUCUCAAUUCCAACGACCUCAAUUUGCUGCCUCAGCAACAUCAGCAACCACAACAUUCUCAACCUCCCAUGCCGCAGAUGCCGCAAAUCGCUCAUCAACCAUUGGCAUUGAUGCAUCCAGAUCAACAGCAUCAGCAACACAUGCAGCAACAGCAACACCAUCAUCAACUGCAGCAGCAAAUGUUGAAUCAAUUCACACAAAAUCCCAUACAAUCCAUCAAUCGAAGAAGAGCCACUGUUAUUGGCAACUGCAUGUCUCAGGCACAACAAUCUACACAACAUCAUCCACAGCAGCAACAUUACCAGAAUAAUGUGUAUGCCAAAUUGUCUGAGCGAAACGCUUUGGAGGGUGGUAAAAACAACUUGCCUCGCUUGCAUCGGUUGAUCCCAUCUGAGGGCCCUAUUUAUGGCGGAGCUGAAGUGACCGUGUUGGGAAGCAACUUUUAUGAAGGAUUGACAUGUCUGUUUGGUGAGAAUCCAGCUAUUCCAACGCACUGCUGGAGUGCCAAUACACUGCUAUGCAUCUUACCACCGGCAGUCUCUGCAGGGCCUGUAGUCGUGUCAUUCAAGGAACACCCAUUGAUGUUGGAGGGCCAGGACGUUGUUUUGUUUACCUAUUUUGACGAGAGUGAUCGUGCACUGAUGGAGCUGGCAUUGCAAGUGGUUGGACUCAAAACGAUGGGUAAGGUGGAGGAUGCUCGACAAAUUGCCAUGCGUAUUGUUCAAGGCGAUAAUUCUCAGUCCAAAGAUGCAUCGCAAAACCAUUCACAACAGCAACAACAGUCUCAGCACAAACGAAUGACCACCAUGGCUGCAACAGCUGUUUACGACAAUGCCCGUAAGCUUUUCCUCUCACAUUUAGAGCAAACAGUGGUUGCAAGUCUGCUGGCUAUUCAACGUAUUCCCUGCAACCAUGACUAUUUAUCACUGACCAAUGUCAAUCAACACAACUUAUUGCACCUCGCCACACUUUGUGGAUAUACCAGCUUGGUUGAAACACUAGUAGUCAAGCUAAAUUGCAAUGUAGAUCAAGUCGAUAAGAAUGGAUUCACUGCUCUUCAUUUUGCAAGCUGGUCUGGCAAAAUUGACAUUGUUAGAUUGUUGAUUGACACAAGCAAUUUGAAAAUUUUGAACAGUGUUGGGAAAACAGCUGAACGGUUAGCUAUAGAAGGUGGACAUAAGCAAAUUGUACAAUUAUUCAAACAAAAACACCACAACACUGCUUCGAUUCAAACUCGUAAUGUAAGAAUACCACUCAAAGACUUUAUUCCCGUCGAUGUCGUUUGGGCCUCCUCGUUACUUCCUACUCGCAUCUCUACUCUGCUGUCAAACUUGUACACAUUUUCCUCUUCUACUCGCUGUGCUCAAAGAGUGGCUCGUUCUGCGGGUCAAGUGUAUAACUUUAUGCUCGAUCCUUUUUAA